AUAGUAGUCUCUUCUUGCAGUCUCUACUACUCUCUCGGCAUGGCUAGGAGGAAACGGCAGCUCCUCGAGGAUGAUGACCCCGACUCUUCUCCCGUUUCAGACGUCGAUGAACCCCAUUUCGAUGACAGCGACCCGGACGCACGCGCUGAACGGGAGCUCUUCGAGAAUCCAUACAACAGGAAACGGAGGCGCAAGAACGCGAAGGAGGAUGCGAUUUACGGGGUGUUUGCGAGUGACGACGAUGAAGAGGACGAGAAGGUCGCGCGACGGAAGGCGAGGACUCGUACCAAAGCUCCGUCCUUUGUGACCUCAGGCUCGAAGGUGACGCUAGACGAGGACGUGGACAUGGAUGGUAGCAAGGCUAGCGCGGAGGAAGAUGGCGGGGAGAAAGGAGAGGACGUUGGUGAGGAUGUGGAGUUGGAGGACGAGGACGCAGAAUCGUCCGAAUCUGAGCCGUCGAAGCCACCAUCUCCGCGCGUACGGGAAGAGGAAGAGGAAGAAGAGGAGCGGCCGCGCUUUGGUGGGCUAGGGCUAGGAGUCGGGAAGGGAGGUAUAGGUUCUAGUAAGGGUGGUGGAAUAGGUGCCGGCAAGGGCGGUAUCGGGGCGUCGAAAGGAGGCAUUGGAUCGUCGAAGGGAGGUAUAGGGAGCGCAAGUGCAAUGCCAUCUUUCGCGAAGGGCGGAAUUGGCUCGUCGCGUCCCGUUGCUCCCGAAUCCUCAGCAUCCCCGUCGCCCGCACCCGCUGCCGCGGAGGACUUCCCCACUGCCUUCGGCGGCGCACGCCAGCAACGCUCUUUCCUCCGCAAUGCCGACAGCAGCACGAGCACCCCCCGCUCAGCGACGCCUCUCAGUGCCACCGAGCAAAUGCACUUCUCCAAGAUCUCUGGGACCUUCGGUGCGCGUAUGCUAGCGAAGAUGGGUUGGCAGACCGGGCAGGGUCUGGGGACGACGGGAGAGGGUAUCGUUACCCCCGUGGAGAGCAAGCUACGGCCGAAAGGUAUGGGUCUCGCCUUUAAGGGGUUCAGAGAGAAAACCGAGCAGGCGAAGGCCGAGGCGCGCCGGCGGGGCGAAAUUGUCAGUGACGACGAGGAUUCUAAGCCGGCCGCCCGCAAAGCUCGUAAGGCUGCGAAGGCGCACGAAGCUCGCACGGAUGCUUGGAAGAAGCCGAAGAAGACGAAGACCCGUGUCGAGCACAAAACAUACGAGGAGAUCAUUGCGGAGGCGGGCCAGGAGGCCGUACCUCAAGCUGGUGUUGGUCCCAUUAUCGACGCCACAGGUGCUACGCUGCGAGAGGUGUCCUCUUUGGCCGAAGUGGCCAAGGCGUCAUGGACCCCCUCCACCGAUCCCAUGCGUCUCCCCGAGAUUCGCCACAACCUUCGCCUCAUCACCGAGUCAUGUCGUACCGACCUGGAUGGUCUUGCGAAGGAAGCCCGUGCCCUCGAGGAGCGCAAAAAGUGGAUCCGUGUAGAGGACGCGAGGCUGCGGAAGCAAGUAGAUGAGGAAGCCGAGCUUAUCGCCCGUAUGCAACAUAUGAACAUCGUCGUGGACGAGAUCAACACUCAGUCGCGUGAGGCCGCAUCCAUGUAUGAGGCGUCGCUGGAGCCGUUCUCCGCUGGCUUUGACAAACUCCUUGGAGAGCACGCAAAGGAGUUCGACCGCUACCGCUUGGAUGAGGUGGUCGUAGCUGCGAUCGCGCCUGUUAUCCGCAGAAUGCUGGCACAGUGGCAGCCUCUCGAAGACCCCACUGCGUUCACGGCGAGCUUCCGUGCUUGGCGACGCGCUCUGAAAAUGGCUAUCCCUGGAGACAAACCUGUCAAUCAAGUCCAGGUGUAUGGGAGCAGCACGGUCGUGUCUACCCCUAUCGUAGAGGAGAAGCCAAUGACUCCUUACGAGAGUCUACUAUGGAACACCUGGCUGCCGCGCGUUCGCUCUUCCUUGAACAACGAAUGGUCGCCCGAGGAUCCUACCCCAGCAGUACGCUUGUACGAAGCGUGGUCGUCGUUCCUCCCACCGUUUAUACGCGACAACUUCUUCGACCAGCUCAUCUUACCCAAGGUCCACAAAGCCGUCGGCGAUUGGCAUCCGCGGAAGAGCAAGGUUCCUUUGCAGACGCUCGUAUUCCCGUGGCUGCCUCACAUCGGUCUCCGAUUGGAGGAUGUUCUCGGAGAUGCGCGUCGGAAAGUCAAGAGCGUGCUUCGGGCGUGGUCAACUUCCGAUACGAUACCUCAGGACCUUGCCGUCUGGAAAGACGUAUUCGAUGUCGGAGAUUGGGACACCAUGUUGCUGAAGUAUGUCGUACCUAAGCUCGGCUCCCGACUCCGCGAAGACUUCCGUGUCAACCCUCGACAACAAGACAUGCAACCAUUGCAAGACGUCAUGUUGUGGGAGCGGCUCCUCCGCCCCUCUGUCCUCUCGCAGAUCCUCGAGAAGGAGUUCUUCCCGAAGUGGCUCGACGUGCUGUACAUCUGGCUCAUCCAGCCGAACGCGAGCCUGGCGGAAGUCUCGCGAUGGUACGAGGAGUGGAAGAAGGCAUUCUCCGAGAACAUACAGAACACUCCGGGCGUAUCGCAGGGUUUCACCCGUGGGCUUCAACUCAUGAAUAAGGCGCUGGAACUUGGACCGGACGCCCCGACACUGCUCCCCCGUCCCGAUCACACCGUGCCGCUCUCUGCAGGCGCAGCCAUCACACUGUCGAGGCCGAAGGAGAAACCGAAGCCUGCGCGCACGCAAGAAGUCACUUUCCGUUCCAUCGUGGAGGACUACGCGGCAGCGCACAACCUGCUGUUCCUGCCGGCAGGGAAGGUGCACGAGGAGUCGCGGAUGCCGCUGUAUCGGGUUUCGCCCACGGCGGACGGAAAGGGAGGAGUGCUCGUGUACAUUCUGGACGAUGCUGUGUGGGCGGCGGAUGCGAAUGGGGCAUAUCGGGCGAUCACCAUGGACGACAUGGUUCUGAGGGCGACGAAGUAGGAUCUUGUACUUUACGUGCUCGUGUAUCUACUAGAUUUUUUGUAAUGCUGAUAUUCUC